AUGAAGCAGAUCUGCUUCUGCGCUGCUUCCUCCUUCGCAAGUCAGGACUGGAGCAAGAACGACGAGAAACUCUUGCAGGCUGUGGAGUACAACGAUGCAGAAAGAGUCGCUUCGCUCCUUGUCCGGAAAGGCCUUGUGCCUACCAAAUUGGACUCAGAGGGGAAAUCCGCGUUCCACCUGGCCUCCAUGAAAGGAAACGUGGAUUGCCUGGAAGUCAUGCUGGCCCACGGAGCAGAUACCAUGACAACCGACAGCUCAGGUUACACGGCUUUGCAUCUAUCGGCAAAACAUGGCCAUCCACAGUGCUUGAGCAAACUACUGCAGGCCUCCUGCCCUGUUGAUGUGGCGGACAGCAACGGCCGGACGGCUCUUCAUCAUGCAGCACUCAGUGGAUGUAUCUCUUGCUUGGAGAUUCUCUGCGAUUUCAAGGCUGCUUUGAACAGCAAGGACCAGGAUGGGGCCACCCCACUGAUGUUGGCAGCCAAGAUGAGCCAUUCGGAGCUUUGCCAUUACUUGCUGCACCGCGGAGCGGCUGUGAACAUGAGAGAUCAACGGGGCCGAACAGCCCUGAUGGUGGCUUGCGAGAACGGCAGCGUGGAGACUGUCGAGGUGCUCAUCCACGGCGGGGCUCGGGUCGGACUCGUCGAUGCCACGGGGCAUGACGCAGCACACUAUGGAGCAGCCACGGGCAAUGCCCUCAUCCAACACUACCUGCAGGAGGCUGCCCAGCGCCACUCUUGGGCUAGUGAGGAAUCAGCUGAAAUGUCCUCGCAGGCUUCCUCUCCCCGGCAGUCACUGGUGAAGGGGAAGAACAGCAGCCCAAGGAAGAGGAAGGCCCCACCGCCACCUUUGUGUGCCCCCAACCAGGAGGAGCGCGAGGCUUACGAGGAAAUCGUGCGGCUGCGGCAGGAGAGGGCACAGUUUUUGCAGAGGAUCCGCAGCCUGGAGCUACAGCAGGAAAAACAGAAGCAAGAGCGACCAGGGCUGGAGGACACUUCUUUACAUACAAUGGAGAAGCAGAUACAAGAUCUUCAGAAGCAACUGGCAGAGAAAACGGGCGAGAAGGAGAAUUUGGGAAAGGAACUGGAGGUGCUGCGGAGCCGCCUGUCAUCCCUGGAGAAUGAGAAGGAGAAUACCAGCUACGACAUCGAAACGCUGCAGGACGAAGAAGGGGAGCUGCUGGAGUUCCCAGGGGCUGAGCUGCUGCUAUCCAAAAAAAGCUUGAGCAUCUCUACAGAGGAACUCUUGGCCAGCCUGCAGGGCCAAGUACAGUCUUUGACCCAAAAGAACAAAGAGUUGAUAGAGAAAAUACAGAUCUUAGAGAAUUAUGAGAGGGACGAGAGUGAUGCGGACGCCUCUGGGGACUUCAUCCCUAUCAUCCUUUAUGACUCACUGAGGUCAGAAUUUGAGAGGCUAAAGGCGCAGCACACCGAGGCCCAAGCAGUCUUGGAGGCCCUUGACGGUUGUACCACCACCAACGAAGCCUCCUGCAAACUCAUCCCGGCAGAGGCGUACGAGCAUCUGAAGUCUGAUUACGAGCAGCAAAUCCGAGCCCUAAAAGAGGCUCUGGAGAAGAGCAGUUCUGCGGCCGAUCAGAAUAGCAGGGACGAAGAGAAGGGGACCUCUAGCUUGGGAAGGGACGAGGAGAAGGAGGCGAUGGGAAACAAGUUGGAAGAAAUGGCCAAAGAACUAAACAAGACGCAAGAGAAAUACCAGGCUGCCCUCAAGGAAGCAACGCUCCUUCAGGAACAAAUCGAGUUGGGGAUCCUGUCAGUGGAGGAGAAGGAUGCUGUGGAGAGCUCCAGAGCGGAACUAGAGACAGUGAGGGCCGCUCUGCACCAGGCUCAAGAGGACCUCAAGAAGCGAGACCAGAAGGUGAAAGAUUUGGAGGGACGGCUGAGGGACCACUCCUCAAAGGAGCAUGAGGAGAUGAAGGCCUCUCUUGGCAUCUCCCUGGACGAGGCCUCCAGAGAGAAAGAGGCCUUGCUGAUGAGGUGCAGCUCCGCUGAGGCGGAGGUGAAGGAACUGAGAGAAACCUUGAAGGAAAGAACUCGCGAGAUGGAGAAGGCCAAAGGAGGCCUCUCAGAAAGCGAGAGCCUCCGGGAAGAGGCCGGCAAGUUGAGGAAGCAGCUCGAGGCUGUGACAAAGCAGAACGAGGAAGCGCGGGCUCAGGUGGAGAAGCUCAAAGAGGGACACAAGAAGCUGGAGAAGGAACUUCAGGCCUCCAAGGACAGGAUGGCCUCCCAGUGCAUCCCCAAGCAGGAGCACGAGGACGCCUUGGCGAAAGUGAGGACAUCGGUUGCAGAUGCAGAAAGACAGCUGGUGGAGCUGAAGGAGAAGCAUACCGCCACCCAGAGGGAGCUGGCAGACCUGCAGAAGAAGUCAGAGAGCUACAGGCGAGAAUCGGUGUCCCUGACGGAGCAUGCCCGUGCCAAGGAGGCUCUGGAGGGCACCUUGUGGGAGCUGAAGGCUAAGUCUAAACUGCUGGAGCAAGAGCUGAACGCCAAGAACAAGGAGUUUGCAAGGCUGCAGACGGAGCUGGACAGUGUCCGGAAGGACGCGGUCUCCAAGGAGACCCAUGAGCAGAUGCGGGCCAGCCUGCAGGGCGAAGUGGAAGCACUCAAUGCAAAGCUGGCCGACUUGGGGAAGAAACACGAACGCACCUGCACUGAGGUCUUCCAGGUGCAGCGUGAAGCCCUCUUCAUGAAGAGUGAGAAGCACGCGGCAGAGGCUCAGCUAGCAGCGGCUGAGAAGCAGCUGAAGAGCUUGCGGGCUGAGUCGGACCGGAUCCAGGAGCUGCACAGCCACAUUGAGGACUCAGCCAAGCUGGUUAAGGAGAAGGACAAGAAGAUCACAGAACUUUCGAAGGAGGUCUUCAAGUUGAAAGAGGCUUUGAAUGAAUUGUCAGAGCUUUCUGGCCAGGCAGCGGCCUCGUCCAAGGCAACAUCCCCCCAGAAGACAGAGAACCGUCUGGAGGUGACCUCGCUGCAGGGCAGAAUUAAAGAUCUGGAGCAGCAGUUGGCUGAGGCUGAGAGGCGACACACCAAUGUUGUUUCUCUGUACAGGGGACACCUUCUCUAUGCUAUCCAGGGCCAUAUGGAUGAGGACAUCCAGAGGAUUCUCUUCCAAAUCCUGAAGAUGCAGAGGCUCCAAGAGCAGGGAAGAUGAAGCGAAAG